AUGGGAUCCAUCGACGUGUCCAGAGUCGUUGAGGAACUCACGUCAGAGAGAAUAUUUCCGUUUGAGAGACCGCAAGAACAUGCAGUAGCGCUGUCUCUGAUAGAUGCCACAACAGUCGAUUUUUCAACGUCCUGUGCUAUCUGGCUUUGUGAAACACCAGAUCAACAAGAGACAGAUUUCAACUUAUUCAACCACUUUCGCCAGUCACUUCAAAUCACACUUAAUGCGUAUCCACAGUGGACCGGUCAUCUGAAGAGUAUACACUCUGUCGAUCCAGCGGACGUUCGAAGCGAGGCGGCGCAUUUUGAGCCUCACGCGCGCCGUUAUGGCCGGGUAUAUGCUCACUAUGGCACAUCCUCAGAUCCCGGGGUAGAGUUUGUGACCGCCGAAAGCCCGUUUACCCUCGAAACGCUCAGCCCAGCUUCAAGAACAACCGAGCAUCCGAUUUACGACCGCCAAGAGAUUUCAUUAAAGGAUUUCGUUCCAUCGGUCGUUGCCGUCAAUGCUGUCAGAGAAAAGGAUCCAAGUACGCCGGGUCUCUUACCACCUAUUAUGGCUGUCCAGGUCACCCAGCUCGCCUGUGGAGGAUUCGCAUUAUCAGUGAAGGUUGGCCAUCCACUCGCCGAUAUAACAUCGGUAGUCACCUUCGUCAAAGAUUGGGCGAGUAUCAGCCGUUGGAUUCUUUCUGGAUCCAAACAACCCACACCAAUUCUGGAUCCCGUAUUCGAGCCAGAUCAACUAGAUUCCAUGGCAGCAGGAGAUAUUAAUGCCGAAACCCCCGAUCCUGCCAUUCUCAAACAAGUCGCAAGUCUUCCCUUAAAUCGGUACGAUUGGUGGAUCUCGACAGCCGAAUGUCCAUGGAGACCACUCAUUCCCCCAGAAUACCGAGAUAAAGAGAUCCAACCGAUCGGCGACUCAAUGCCCUGGUCAGAAUGGGACUCAGUAUCUCCAGUGUCCCACUACUUAAUCCAUCUCACCCAUGCACAAGUCGAAAGUCUCUGGAAAGACGCAGUGAAAGGAAGUCCCCACGAGAGCGGCGCUAUCCGAAUAAGUCGCCACGACGCGAUUCUCGCACACAUGAUGUCCUGCAUCGCUCGCGCCAGGAACCAAAACGAAGAUACAGGCCCAUUACACUGCGAUCUCACAAUUGGACUGCGUCCUGCCCUCCAUCUUGAAACGAACUUCAUAGGUUCACCGAGCAUGAUAGUCAAUGUCGAAAUGAGUGGGGUUCAACUUGCCUCAUCGAAGAUACCCGCACAGGAACGGAUACGUACAAUUGCGCAUAAUAUCCGCAAGACAAUUGACCAGAUGACUCGACCUGCUGUUGUCGGCGCCCAUCUACAUAAGCUAUCGUACGAGACAUCUCCGCAGCGAAUUUGGCAGGCUUUUCUGGGAUCGCGACACUUGCUAGUGACGAGCUGGGCUCGAGCUGGUAUUUAUGAUAUUGACUUUGGAUUGAGCGCGUCGCCGAUAAUUCGGUUUGCUGAGGGUGUGGUCGCGGAUUUGGAUGGAUGUGCUGUUAUUAAAGAGGCUCCCCCUGGAAAGGAUAAUGGUGAUUUAGGUGGUAGUUGGACUGAUCACGGCGUUGAUGUGUCUCUUCAUCUUCGGGCGGAGGAUAUGGAACGGUUGAUAGAGGAUCCGCUUCUUCUGCCGUGA